UGAUUUGAUAUUUAUAUUGAGUUAUUUGCUAUUUUUAACUUUUGAAAUUAACCAUAUUGUUCUUGCCAGGACAAUUAAGUACAAACAAAAUAGAAGAAGAAGAAUCAUGUUUUACAGAUCAAAUUUGACAAAUUGAAUCUUGAAUUUAUUCAAAAACAAAAUGCUGGAAAAAUAUAGUCUGCUUCGUCAAGAUUUUCUUAGAAUAGCUGAACCUUUUAUCAACGAUAAUGUCUUGGAUGAACUAAAACUCAAUUAUGCACAUGAGAUUGAUUCGAAACGUAAAUUAAGUCAAAUAAAGGAUCUCAAAAUGUUUAUAAGACUAUUGGAAAAGCGGGAUCUUAUCAGUUAUAGCAAUAUAGAACCACUGUGGUAUAUAUCAAAAAAAUAUAUCUGUCUUCCUGAUUUGGAAAGCAAAUUAUUUGAUUAUGAAAAUUGGUUAUCAGCUACACCGUUAUUGCCUUCAUGUUAUAUGUAUCAAAGAAAUGAAAUAUCAGAAUCAACAAGCUGUGAACCUGCAGAUAUUUCUAUGAAUAAUUUAUCUCAGACAUCGAUAGGAAGUUCAGCUAAUGUAUUCAAAAGUAGCACAACGCCAUCACAUAAUCCUGAACAAGAAGACCAAAAUAAUCUUGAUAAGAAAAAAUCUUUGCAAGAAACAGUAUUGUUACAAAUCAAGGACAGAUUGGGUCGAUCUUGGCGUGAUGUAGCUAGACAUUUAGGUAUUAGAGAAUGUAAAAUCGAUGCUGUACAAAGUAAAUAUCCUUAUGAUUUAAAGGAGCAAAGCUACGAGAUUUUGAAAAUUUAUAUGUCACAAUCUGAUACAGAACAAUGGGCUAUAAACUUAAUACGCGCUUUAGAAAAAGGAAGACGGAGAGAUCUCAAGGAACUUGUAGAGGAAUUAAUAUUGAAAAAAGAGUAUCUAUGAUAUAUAUUGAUACAAGAUUUUUCAUUAAGAUUUAUUCCUUUUAAAGAUUUUAAUAUUUAUUCUAGUUAUAUUAAAUGUGAUAUUAAAUGUAAUUUAAUUAGAAAUGAAAAAGUUUCGACAAUAUAUGAUUGAUAAAUCAAUAUAUAAUCUUAGGUAAUAUAAAUAAAAGUAGUAAGCAUAUGCCAGUAUACUUUUGUGUAUAAGAAAUUCUUGAAUAUAAUUGUAAUUUAUGUC